UGACUUUCAGUUAUCCCUAACAUGACCGUUACCUUCUUCCAUUUCAAAUUCCCACUCAUUCCCCCCACAAAACUUCAAACACACUGUGUGUAUAACAAGAAGAGAGAGAGAGAGAGAGAGAGAGAGAGAGAGAGAGAGAGAGAUUGUGACCCACCAUUGAAGAUGAAAGAAUCAGAGCAUCAACAACAAGAAGAGACGCUACAACAACUAAGAUUGAAAGCAAAUGAACUUCUACUCCGAGAAGAAUGGUCCCAAUCAAUUCAAACAUAUUCCCACUUCAUCUCUCUCUGCCAAACCCGACCCGACCCAAAACACCGAAAAUCCCUCUGUUUAGCCUUCUCAAACCGGGCCGAAGCGAGGUCGAAAACCCGCGAUUUCGACGAAGCCCUCAAGGAUUGUGAUGAAGCAUUAAAGAUUGAAAACACCCAUCUCAAAACCCUAAUGUGUAAAGGUAAGAUCUUGCUUAAUCAAGAUAGAUACAACAUGGCUUUAAACUGUUUCAAGAUUGCAAAUCUUGAUCACCCCAGUAAUAAAGAUUCUGAAACCUUAAAUGGGUAUUUGGAAAAAUGUAAAAAGCUUGAAUUUUUAUCAAGAUCUGGAGCAUUUGAUAUAUCUAACUGGGUUUUAAGUGGGUUUAAGGGUAAGCUUCCUGAGUUAGCAGAGUAUAUUGGGGGUGUUGAAAUCAAGAAAUCUGAGAUUAGUGGGAGAGGAUUGGUUGCAACCAAGAAUAUUGAUCUUGGUUCUUUGUUGUUGGUUACGAAAGCGGUUGCAACCGAAAGGGGCAUAAUGCCUGAGUCGAAAACCGACGAUUUGGGUGAGAAUGCCCAAAUGGUAAUGUGGAAGAAUUUUGUGGACAAAGUUGUGGAAUCAAGUUCAAAUUGCAAAAGAACACAUUGUUUGAUAUCAAUGUUAUCAAGUGGAGAAAAUGAGGAAUCUCUUGAGGUUCCUAAUAUAGCGGCAUUUAGGCCCGAAUCGGAGCAAGAUUUUGGUUUUUCAAAUGAAAAGAUUGAUAUGGGAGGGAUGUUAAACAUAUUGGAUGUGAAUUCACUUGUUGAAGAAACAUUUGCAAGUAAAUUUUCGGGUAAAAAAGGCGAUUAUCAUGGUGUUGGGAUAUGGCUUUUAGCUUCUUUUAUAAACCAUUCUUGUAAUCCAAAUGCCAAGAGGUUUCACAUUGGUGAUCAUGUCAUUGUUCAUGCUUCUAGGGAUAUAAAAGAGGGUGAAGAGAUAACAUUGGGCUAUUUCGAUGUGUUUUCGCCGUUAAAAACACGAAAAGAAAUGGCGAAAAAUUGGGGAUUCGAUUGUCAUUGCAAAAGAUGCAAGUUUGAAGUUGAUAUAUCGUCAAAACACGAAAUGGGUGAGAUUGAAAUGGGGUAUGAAAUCGGGGUGGAUGUCGGUACAACGGUUUAUAAGUUGGAAGAGAGUAUGAAACGGUGGAUGGUUAGAGGUAAAAUGAAGGGGUACUUAAGGGCAUCAUUUUGGAAGGUUUAUUCGGAACUUUUUGUGUCGGAAAAGUUGAUGAGGAAGUGGGGGAGGAGGGUUCCGACGAUGGAGGUGGUGGUGGAUAGUGUGGUGGAGGCGGUUGGCGGCGAUGAGCGGGUUUUACGGGUGGUUGUUGAAGGGAUGAAGAGGAAUGGUGGUGGUGGAUUGGGGGAGAUGGAAAAGGUAAUGAAGUUAGGGAGAGGGGUUUAUGGUAAGGUAAUGAAGAAACAAGCAAUGAGAAGCAUACUUAGUUGAUGGCAUUUGUUGUUCUUUUUAGGGUUUUUUAGAGUAAAUUCUCUUUGCAAUUUGUAGGGUAAAUUUAGGAUUCUAACAUGAGAAGUUUUAGUUUUCUUAAAAUUCUUUAUGUUUGAUUCCAAAUUAAGUUGGAAUGGAGGAAAAACUAUAUUUGUUCUCUA